CGAGCUCACCUGACCAGGAAGCAAGAGGUUUUAGUCCUUUCGGUUUCAUCCUCAAGCAAUGGCCUCCACCGACGAUAGCUUCGACGAGAUCCUUGCCCAGGUCGGCGACGAUGGACGGUUCCAGCGGCACUACAACUUACUGUUCAACUUCGGUGCGAUCUGUUUCGCGUCCAUGACGUACAUGAGCAUUAUCCUGGCGCUCAACAAACCACCACACAACUGCCACGUGCCAGGCAUGGAGCGGUACAACAUCACCGACGGAGAUCACUGGAAAAACCUAACCCUACCGAGGGAGAUGGACAAUCGUGGCUUGCUAGGAUUCAGCAAAUGUCAGAUGUACAACGUCACCGAGGAACACCUGCAGCGGCCCUACACCGAGUGGCACUUUAACAGCAGCGACAUCAUCGAUUGUGCCUACGGUUACGAUUACGACCGAACGUACUACGACAGGACGCCCAUCACCGAGUACGACUGGAUCUGCGACAAAGGUUUCCGCGAGACGAACGUGUUCAUCUACAACCGGCUCGGUGAGCUCGUCGGUACCAUCAUCUUCGGUCACCUUGGCGACACGCCGCCGGCCCGUGUUCUACCUGAGCGUGCUGAUCAUCACCGUGGGUCGGCUUGUGUCGAUGUUCACCGCGGCCUACUACGCGGUGUUCUGUGUCGCGGCCGUCGUUGGCAGCCUAACGGCACACUCCAUUUUCCAGGCUCCCCUGAUCGUCGCCAUGGAGAUAUCGAAGAGGUACGCCUAGCUGCGCAAGAGUUUUUCCGCCAUUUGGUUUCUUUCUUUUUUUUUGAUACGCCAAUUUUCCCACCCAACAAAAAAAAAAACGCCAGCGAGCGACGAGGACACAUCUCGAUGAUGCAGUGCAUCGGCUGGACGACCGGCAUUUGUAUCCUGCCGAUGGUGUUUUGGGCCACGAAGGACUGGUUCUGGGCGUUGCUGAUAGCGACCCUGCCGAUUGUCGUGUUCCUGUUCAUCCCGAGGUACAUGAUCGAAUCACCACGGUGGCUAUCAACACGCGGAAACUAUCGUGAAGCCAUGCGACAACUGCGUCAGAUAGCGUCAAUCAAUGGCAUCCGGAAGUUGGCGUUUGAUGAGGCCGUUCUCGAGAAACAGCUGGCAAACCACCGGACGGAUAAGGUGUAUGGACUCGCUUCGUUGUUCAACGGAUGGCGGAUGGCGAAAAACACACUGCUGGUCAUCAUGUGUUGGACGGUGUGCAGCGUGACGUACUUCACGCUCGUGCUGCUCAGCUCACGCAUGGAUGGCAACCCAUUCCUAAACUUCAUGUACCAAGGACUAAUCGAGGUACCAGCCGCAUACCUUGGCCAGCGAUCGAGCGAUCGUUUCGGUCGGCGUGCAACCAACGCGGCCGCUUUCUGCUUCGCCGCAGCCACCUGCACCGUGCUGGUGUUGAUCGUGCGUGAUCCUGCGAGCGAAACGGCCGCCACAGCACUCGCAACGUUCGUGAAGUUCUGCAUCAGCAUCACGUUCUUUGCCGUCAACCUGCAAUCGAUCGAAAUCUACCCGACCUGCCUGCGACAGACGGGAAUGGCCGUCGGGACGAUCGCGGCCACCGUGUUCGGUAUCGUCGGUCCUUACGUGGUGCAUUUGGGCGUGGAGUACGACGUACGGUAUCCUUUCGUUGUGAUGGGACUCGCCUCGAUCGUGGGCAUUCUGGCGGCACUUUUCCUACCCGAAACGCUGCACCAAGCGCUACCGAAUACGAUCGAGGAAGCGCAACAGUUCGGCAAAGAGCAACGCUUUUGGGCACUUCCGAAACCACCGAAACAGAGGAAACCAUCGGUUGCGGCCGGUGCGGAAGCUCCCAGUGAAGAAUCCGUUCGAUUGACGCAUCGAAAGGACACGGAACGCACCGAAGAGGAGGACGGCAAAUAAAUGCGGCUGCUGGAGUUAUGCUUCAGAUCCUUCUUGUAUUUUCCAUUCAUUUUCUCCCGUUCGCUUACCGCGUUCUAUCUAUAGCUUCGUUUUCCGACC